AAGCCGGACCUCGCGGUCGUCAGCGUCCGCCGACGUUUCAAAUGUAGGCGCUGAACUUCGCUGCUGGUAAACAAAAGACGGCGAAAAAACUUGUACGUGGAAAACAAAAGACGGGUAGAGGAAUAUUUACGAGACGUGAUAUUAUAUAAAGUGAUUUUUUUUUUUUUUAAUAUAUUCGUUGUGUGUUUAAUAUUAAUUUGGAUAUAUUUCAUUUUAAAUGACGGAUAUUGUACCAAGCAUAAGCUAUGAAAAUCAAACACCACCCAGGCAAAGCCGUUAUAAACGACCCGGGAUGGCUGGAGAUGGACAUUUCCAACAAAACGAGAGGAAGACAAUACGAAGCCAAUUGGGAGGACGCGCACAAAUCUUUAUCGAAUAACAGCUCGACGUCGAAUUCGUGGGACAAAUACAGUCAUAGAAGUUUGGACGGCGGUACCGUAUCGAGCAAAUUGGGUCAGUACCAAAGCGUCUUGGACGAAAUUAACAAAAACGACGACGAUUCAAGUAAACCGAAAAGUAUUAAAGGCAGCGUCCGAUUGAAAUAUCACAGCGAUAAGUGUUUGGGUAGAAUAAAUAGUAAAAAUAUUAAAGACGCGGAUGCGUCCCAGUAUUUUUUCCCUUCGCAAUCGCCGGUGCCGGUACCGCCGAAACCUAAACCCAGAAAGAAAUUGCCGGCGAUUCGACAAGAUAAUCAAUUCGAUACGGUAUUAGACGAUUUGCAUAAACAUUUGAAGAAAUCCGUCAGGUUCGACGAGGCGAAUACGGAAGGGGAAACGCGGGAACGCGUCAACACUUGGGUGGACGAUCAAAACAAAUAUAUAGUAAACGACGACGAUAAACCGAAAAGCGAUUCGGUAAAACGCAGCGAUAGCGGUUAUUACGAACAUUUCGAUAAACCGCGCCAACGUUUACCGCCCAACACCAUCUACCCUUCGUCGUAUUCUUCCUCUUCUUCCUCUUCGUCUACAUCUUCUUCUUCUUCGUCCAGCGACGGGUAUUCAUUCGAAUCGGAAGACAGCGAUUAUAACGGAAUGUAUAGUUUAUAUAAAGACGGUUCGAUUCCUAAACAUAAAGCGGCGACGCCUAAACCUAAAAGUAGAACUUUGACGACGGUGUCUCCGUCCACCAGAAGUGCCGCUUGCGAUUCGAACGAUUUUGUGAUACCGAGACCGAAGUUGAUAGUGCCCGUACAUACUUACGCGGUGCGAAAGAGAAGGACGGGAAAUAUUUUGUCGGAUCGCUACGAUUCCGCCGGUACCGACGAACGGAAAACUUUACAUAAAAGGAAAGAAGAGGGGAAAGUAGAAGUUUCUAGGGAAAAUAAAAUUCUGCAUCAUUUGGAUUCCGGAAAAGUAUUAGGGGAACUCGCCAUUUUAUAUAACUGUCAACGAACUGCCACAAUAAAAGCUCAUACAGAUUGCAAAUUAUGGGCAAUAGAAAGACAAUGUUUCCAGACGAUUAUGAUGAGGACUGGUCUCAUCAGGCAAGCGGAAUAUACAGAUUUCUUGAAAAGUGUGCCAAUUUUCAAGACCUUACCCGAAGACACUCUCAUCAAAAUUUCUGAUGUUUUGGAAGAAACUGUAUAUGCUAACGGGGAUUACAUCAUCAGGCAAGGGGCUCGAGGUGAUACCUUCUUCAUAAUAAGUAAAGGAAAAGUGAAAGUUACCAGAAAAGUACCAAGUUCGAAUAACGAAGAGUUUAUAAGGACUCUAGGGAAAGGAGACUUUUUCGGAGAAAAAGCAUUACAGGGUGAUGAUUUGAGAACUGCCAAUGUUAUAGUGGACGAUCCCGAAGGGGUUACAACUCUUGUUAUAGAUAGAGAAACUUUUAACCAGUUAAUAUCAGAUUUGGAUGAAAUUAGAACCAAAUACAGGGAUGACAAUAUAGAAAGACGAAGAGCGAAUCAUGAAUACGAAGGAGUAGAACUCUCAGAUUUGACUAUUCUGACAACACUAGGAGUCGGAGGCUUCGGAAGGGUAGAACUUGUGCAAAUUAAAGGUCGCCCUUCGAGAUCGUACGCGUUAAAACAAAUGAAGAAAGCACAAAUCGUGGAAACUAGACAACAACAACACAUAAUGUCCGAAAAGGAGAUUAUGGGCGAAGCAAAUUGCGAUUUUAUAGUGAAAUUAUACAAGACUUUCAAAGACGCUAAAUAUUUGUAUAUGUUAAUGGAGAGUUGCCUCGGAGGAGAAUUAUGGACUGUAUUAAGAGACAAAGGACAUUUCGAUGAUGCAACGACAAAAUUCUGUACUGCUUGUGUAGUGGAAGCUUUCGAUUAUCUACAUUCUCGCAACAUCAUCUACAGAGACCUGAAACCUGAAAAUCUCCUACUGGACAAUUACGGUUAUGUCAAAUUAGUGGAUUUCGGAUUCGCGAAAAAAUUACAAACUGGCAGAAAAACAUGGACUUUUUGUGGCACGCCUGAGUAUGUAGCUCCCGAAGUAAUAUUGAACAAAGGACAUGAUAUUAGUGCUGAUUAUUGGUCGUUAGGAGUUUUGAUGUUUGAAUUAUUGACGGGCACUCCUCCAUUCACCGGUUCGGAUCCAAUGAGAACCUAUAAUAUUAUUUUGAAAGGUAUCGAUCAAAUUGACUUUCCUAGAACUAUAACAAGAAACGCACAGGCUCUAAUCAAGAGGCUCUGUAGGGAUAAUCCGGCUGAAAGGUUGGGCUAUCAAAAAGGUGGAAUUAGCGAUAUACAGAAACAUAAGUGGUUUGAUGGUUUUAAUUGGGAAGGUCUCGUUAAUAGAACUCUAACCCCACCUAUAGUCCCGAGGGUGCAAAACGUAACAGAUUCAUCAAACUUUGACAAUUACCCACGUGAUACGGACGAUCCUCCACCGGACGAUGUUUCUGGAUGGGAUUGCAAUUUUUAGAUAUUCCUUUUUAAUAAUGUUUUAGGCUUUUUCUAAUUUUUCAAAUAUACUAUAGCCAAUUUUGGGAAAAUCUAUUUUUUUGUGCAUCGAAUGCUUCGAAAAUUGGACCCAUGUUGAUAUUUUGGUGCCUUAAGAUGAUAAUUGUCUAUUGUAACACUUUAUCUGUUAAAGAUUUGUAAUUAUAUAUAUACAUAUAUAAAAAGUUUUUAAAUAUAUAUUUUUAUAUUGUAAAUUAUUUCUUAAUAAAGUGCCAAUAUUUUUAAAUAAAAAAUGAGUAUAAAGGAGACGGUGACGUGUGUACAUUGUUUUUCGACUUUCUUGUCAUUGUCCAUUGCCCAUUAACAGUAGUGGAUGUAUCAGCAGGCUGCCUCAAGAGGCGGCACAUUUCAAAAGUUGAGUUAUUACCAUCUAUUGUAAUGAAAUAAUGAAAACUUGCCCUGUUCAAGAACAUACUUUCAAAGCUACAUUUCAUUUGAACGGAUUUCAAUAAAAGUUCCGGAUCAUUAAAGAACAGAUUCAAGUAAACAUUCAUCCAAACUUCGAUAUAGCACUUCGUAUGGAUCUGUGUCCACCGGCGACAAACUAUUUAAGUGAGAGAAGCUUUUCUUGCUUGAAAACAGCGAAGAAAUAUUCACGAUCGACUUUAAGUCAAGAAAAGUUAAAACCUUUAGCUCUUUUAUGCACAGAAUCAUAUCUACUGAAAAAGAUUUCAUACGACGAUAUAAUUAAUGAAAUCGUGUAUUGAAAAGCCACAAAAAUCAAGAUUGAAAUAAUAUCUUUGCUGAAAACAAUCGAGGAACUUACCAGAAACCAGCAAAUCAUAAAGUUGAAAUUUUAUUGAUAAAAAAUGUAAUUGGGAUAAUUGUAAAUCAAGAUAUCAACUUACAAAGGUGAGUAGAGGAGUUAAAAUAUGAGUAUUCUAAUGACAAUGACUCUGUAAAUCCACCACUGUCUAAUAAUCUCUUUUUUUCCACAAGCACAAGCAGUUAACAAUAUAAAGUACCAUAAAAAAUGAUUCUAUGUUUAAAUCAGUGCUUAAUGUGAUCUGAUUUUAUCAUUCAAGGGUUGUUAUGGAAAGAUUUUUUUAUAUAUAACCUAAUAAUUACAUAUUAAGUAUGAAAUGUUGACUACAAUAUGUGUGAUUUUCUAUACAUGAAAGUUACCCAAAAUCUCCUUAUACGUGUAAAUUUAGCAAUAAACUGUGAAUAAAUUUUGUAAUUAAUUGCAAUAUAGAUAGUUUAAAACAAUAAUAACAUUGUAUUAUGAAUUUGUAAUAAAAGUUUUA